AUGCGUCCAGCAUAUGCCGGUCCUUCAUCUGGCUCUUCAAGCUGGAGAGCCACACUAGAUCCAGGAAUAACAUCACCAAAUUCAAAUAGUGCGGGUUAUCGAGCUGUUGGAUUUGACACGAAUCCAGCAUCAUUAACAGCAGCAAAUAUUCCACAACCACAACCACCACCCCCACAGCAACAACAAUUUGGAAUCCAAGAACAAAAGACACAAAAAUAA